CCUUAAAAUCCCAUGAAACCAAUAACACGUAACUCCCUCCACAGUUUCCUGCUAUCUCCCAAAAACACAAAAUGUUGGAUAUUUGGUCUUGGAUAUGUGAGCUUCCCAACUCGGACGAGUGGAACGAGUCAGACUCACCACCCUUGUUUGAACUCGCGAGUUCCAAACCGAGUCCUGAUGGUUCAACUCAGUCGAUCCAACUCAGAGCCGAGCGCACCUCCGGGUCCAACACGGACACGUUGGUGACCUUCACCGUAUGCUUACAGGGCUUUCACCCUUUCAACAACCCAAAGACCUUGUGGGUCUCUGACACGAGUCCUAUCUCCUCAGAAAAACCGUUCCUCCCAUUGUUACUUCAGCUUCUCAAUGAAAUCAUAUCCCGAUCACCCACUGGGCACGUUAGCACAUGCCCCAGGUCACAACUCCAGAAGCUCAAACCCGGCCCGGUUUCGUGGGUCAUGGACUCUCACUCACCCGAGUCCUUCUCUAGCUUCUUCAACCUCGUCUUCUUCACGCGCCUUUUUUGGCUGUGUGCAUGUGACUCGCCUAGUGAAGUUGGCUCACUUUACUUCAACUCCUUGUUGGGUCCAAACGUCGACGUUUUGUCGUGUACGCACGUGCCAGUUUUGCGAACAUUUUUAGUCUCAGUGGGUGUAGAUGCUGAGCUGUGCUUCAUGCGCACCCUUGGGUACAUGUUAGCAAAAUGGUUGAUUUUAAGAGAAGUGGGCGUAGGAUUACAAACCUUAACACCAUCUCAUAGUAAUAACCUUGGGUUUUCUUAUGCUAAUGAGGCUCAUGGGUUUUGGAUAUUGAAGGGUUACGCGCCUGUGUUGGGGAUGAAACUUACGCGCUCUAGUGAUCAGAGAUUUCAGUUCCCUGUUAAUGUUAUGGAAGCUAAAGAGCGUGUGCUAAGAUAUGGUUUGGCCCACCAACAGCUUGAGGCUGUUAUUCAAAUGGAAUAUACAGUUGGAUUCUACGAUGGGUUUAUUCAGGUAAACACACGUGUGGAUAACGUACGUCUCCACGUGGCAAAUCUAGGAUUCAACAAAAGUGAUGAUGCGGAUUACGCCGAGACCCAUUUCCCGUCGAGGAUUCGAGUUUGGGUCGGGCCAGAAGUUGGGGCAACAUAUGUGGCCGGAGUGAGUUUGGGUCGAUCCACAAGUAAUGGAGAGAAAGAGGUGGAAAGACACAAAGUAGUGAAGGGUAAUUUCGAAAAAUCAAUGGAUCCUCCAAAGGUGAAAGCGACAAUGAUGACGAGGACAAAGAUGAAGAAUUGGAGGUGGGACCAAGAUGUAGAGGGAAAUGCAGCGAUCUUCGAUGCAAUGUUAUAUGACAACAUGACAGGUAUCGAAGUGGCCACGUGGAAGCCUUUGAGUGGUGGUGGUAACUUGAGGCACAAUUUUCAAAACCGAUAUGUGGGAGCAAACAGGGCAUUUACAAAAACUGGGGGGUUGGUUUUUGCGGGAGAUGAGUAUGGGGAAGGAGUAGGUUGGAGGUUAAGUAAAGAAAUGGAAGGGAGUGUGUUGAAGUGGAGGAUAGGAGGGCAAGUUUGGUUAAGUUAUUGGCCUAAUGAGGUUAAAAGUUCCUACUUUGAGACAAGAUGUGUGGAAUGGUGUGAUGAAGUUGAUCUGCCUUUGAUUCCUGGUAAAUUUGGCGUAUAGGCAAGAUUAUAUGAUGCAAAUAUGUUGAUGAUAUGUUAGAUAUGUAGUUACUGGUAAAGAUUUAUAUGUUUUAGUUACUAAUUAUGUGUGGGUAUAUUAGAUAUGUAGUUCCUGGUAAAGAUUUAUAUGUUUUAGUUACUAAAUUAUGUGUGGGAUGUUUUACCAUAUUAGAUAUGUAGUUACAGGUAGUCAAAGUUGACUGCAUGCAUUGAACUAAUAAUGUAAUAACAAUUUUUGGAAUGUUUGAACA